AUGGCCACAGGGACACCGGACUUCUUACCGUGGGUCGCCGUAGUGCCCCUUGUGGCCGAACUGAAGAAGUCAGCCGCGCUCGAGAAAGACACCUCAGGGCCAUGGCAGCGUUGGUCUUGCCGGCGCCUGCGCGGAUGGCGUUGCCGCCUGCCGGAAAGAAAGUCACUUAGACGCGAACAGGUGGCAAGAUGCGACAUGACCAACACCGCAACACCGAGAUGAGAACACGUGGAAAAAAAGGGACCAGGCGACGACACCAGGUUGCGUAGAGGUCAGCAUGCCUGGCAAGAGGUCGGAACACGGCCUACAAAGCACGCUGCUUUUUGUAUAGUGAAUCACCGCAGAAGUAUGUGUGUGCGCAUGCUUUCAUGUACCGGAGUUACUCAGUCUCGUGCAUCGCCUUGCCUGGGGCGACAAACGCCGAGGAGGUGGCCAAGGCCGAGAGAGAGACGAGGGAAGAAACUGCGCGCAUGGUGCAGGGUGGGGCGGUGGUGCACCGGGAGAUACGUGUGCGAGACACCGCAGACACAGAGCAGAGAGACAGGAGAGGCUUGGUCUGCGGUGGAGACCGAUACACAGGGCAGACAGCAGUUCGUGAGGUAGGAAUUUUUGCGGUCUAUCGUCCCCCCACAACGUACCGAAGCGGUAUAUGUUGUGCCGCACAUUCUACGUAUGCAUGUAUGCAUACGACAAGACUUUUUUUUUUUUCGAAUGAUGCGGUGGUCGGGUCAACCCUUUCGUGACUACACCCCCGAAUCGUGCAUGCUAGCAUGCGCGAUAACUCUUAUUUGCGACAAUUUUCGAACCGAAUUGAGCUAUGGGUACGCUGUGGGUACCUGCAUCGACAACCCCUCGACGGUACGACUAGACCGCUCGAAAAGAAACAAAGAUAGAGAUGGCACAUCAGCCGCACAUACUCCCCACAUAGUCUAUGCUACCAAACUGAGAAAAUGUUUGUAAACAGAUGGAGAUUGCAUGUCCUACAACUGAUAGGGUGCGACACACAAAACGCCCGACUACCCAACAGUACCCAACACCUUUCGUCUGCACCUUCCCAACACAACAUAUAUGAGACACACAAGACAGCUACCAAACUGAUUCGUUGAGCCUGUUACCCACAGGGGAGAUGUCCCUAUAUGCUGUCUGGGAAAUCGUAGACACACAGGUAGUUUUCUCUGACGCUAUGAUUCCAUUGUUAAUCUGUCUCUGACUCUUUUCUAUGAUAGAGAUGGACUCGUUGUGUCAUAUUAAGGAAAAUAAAAAAAAGUAACGACAGCAACAGCACGUCCCCAAAUAGAAAAUUCAAAGCCUGGGAGUUUGCAAUGCUCCGCAGCACCCUCUGCAUCCCGCGCUGCUGUGGACCUCGACUUCAGCACGCAGAAACGCGAUCAUGAGGCCGUUUUCCCUCCUGCUUGUUGCGAUUUUUCGCACGAGCGAUAUAGACACCUCUGCUGUGGAACCGGACUACAUCCCCGCGUCGCACGUUGGCAAGGGACAGCAACAGCACGUCCACCAGAGCCUUCGCGUUUUUGAGAGGGUUUUCGUGACUUCAACUUGAGGGACGAUAGUAUGCAUGAUAUCCCCCUGUCUUUUUCUCGUACGAAAGAUCAUGCCCUCGCUGUUGUGUUGUGUGCCCUUCCUUGCCUUGGGAAUGUGGUUGCAGAACUGAGGGCCAAGCUUACGAGGCCUCUCCCCGAUUUUUCCUGCGCGCGCGUGUGUGUGUGUGUGCGCGUAUUCCUUGUCCCUCUUCAACCAACUGCCACCACAAGGCAUUCUAACUCUCGCGCGGCUCGUGCUGCUGCUGCCGCGGGCUGCUGCUGCCGCUUGCUUCCAAAAAGGCGUUUUGUUUUCAUUUCGUUUCGCAUGCAUGCAUCCCAACAAACCGUACUUCCGUGUGUGCUUCUUCUCUCCAAAGGAAUUCCCACCCAACCGAGUGGCAUUGGAGGCGGUGCCAUGCCUUGCGCCAGUGUGCUGCUUCGGCGGCGGGGUAGCGUGACAUACAUAACUGCUGUGCAAAAUAUGUAUGUCUGCUGCUGCUGUAGACUAUGCAUGUAUGCCAUCAUCAUGUAAUCGUGUUUGGGGUAAAGAAAAACGGCGCCCUCUUCUCAGUCUCCUCCGCUUUCCGACAGCACCU